AUGGAAGAAGCAAACCACUCUAUGGUGUCUGAGUUUAUUUUUCAGGGACUUUGUAACUCAAGAGAACUUCAGAUCUUCCUUCUGUUGCCAUUUUCCACCCUCUACCUGAUGACUGUGAUAGGGAACCUCUUUGUGGUGAUAUUAAUCAUCACUGAUCAUCACCUCCAUUCUCCCAUGUACUUUCUGUUAGCCAAUCUCUCGUUUACUGACUUUUGCCUCUCCUCAGUUACUACCCCCAAAAUGAUCACAGAUCUUGUAAAAGAAAAUAAAACCAUUUCUUUUGGGGGCUGCAUGUGCCAGAUCCUCUUUGUACAUUUCUUUGUUGGGGGAGAGAUGGUGCUUCUUGUAACAAUGGCUUAUGACCGCUAUGUGGCCAUCUGCAGGCCACUCCACUACACCAGCAUCAUGGACAGACAGAAGUGCAUCUGGCUGGUUGUGAUAUCAUGGAUCAUUGGAUUUGUGCAUGGCAUUAGUCAACUGAUUCUGAUUUUGGAGCUUCCUUUUUGUGGGCCAAGAGUGAUAGACAGCUUUUUCUGUGAUAUUCCUUUGGUGAUGAAAUUAGUCUGCAUGAAUACUGAUACUCUGGGAAUUGUGAUGAAUGCUGAGAGUGGUGUUGUAGCAACAACUUGUUUCAUUUUCUUGAUGAUAUCUUACACUUACCUUCUGUUAACUGUUCAGCUUCACUCUAAAGAUGGUUCAUCAAAGGCAGUCUCUACCUGUACCUCGCAUAUCAUAGUAGUUGUGCUAUUUUUUGGUCCUGUUAUUUUCAUCUAUCUGUGGCCAGUCAACAUCACGUGGGUGGAUAAGUUUCUUGCUGUAUUUUACUCAGUCAUCACACCUCUCCUGAAUCCAGCCAUUUAUACACUGAGAAAUAGAGAUAUUAAAAAUGGCAUAAAGAAGCUGAUAAGUCACUUGUGA